CGGUUUCGGUAAAAUGUGUGGAAAGAUGGGAUUUAAAAGCUCUUCUUUUCUUUGUUUGACUAUUUUCUUUGCAAUCUCAUCUUCCAUUCAUGCAUUUAACAUCACAAGAUUGUUAGGUCAAAAUCCUGAUUUUUCGACCUUCAACAAUUACCUCACCGAAACCAAGCUUGUCAAGCAAAUCAACAGCCGCAACACUAUCACUGUCCUCGUCCUUAGUAAUGGCGCUAUCUCUUCCAUCUCCGGAAAAGAUCCAGAGGUUAUCAAGGCGAUCUUGAGCACACAUGUAAUCCUUGACUAUUUCGAUGAAAAGAAGCUCAGGAAGGCUCAAGGUACUGGAGAAUUGUUGACCACCCUUUACCAAUCCACAGGCCUCGCUGUCAACAACCAAGGGUUCCUUAAGGUUAAACUCAACGGUGAGGGUGUGAUCGUCUUUGGAUCCGCUGUGGUUGGUGCACCGAAAGAUGAUGAGCUUGUCCAAACUGUUCUCUCCAUACCCUACAACAUUUCCAUACUCCAAGUUGCCAAACCUAUUGUGCCCCCUGGAAUUGAUACACAACUUGCCCCACCGAAGGGUGCUAUGCCUCCUGCGGCAUCAGCCAAGGCUCCAGUGCCGACUACUGAAGCCCCAGCAGCUGAUGCAUCUAGCCCUUCAGAGGAAGUGACUUCUCCUCCUUCACCAUCUGAAGUUAUCACAGACUCCCCAGCGGAAGCCCCGACAGCUGAUGCACCUAGCCCAUCUUUGGCUCCUGGUCCUGGUGACGACGAAGGUGGUGCUGCAGAUGCCGAAACUAAUCAUAGCAGCUCUUCAAGGACUGUUGUAGGUUUGGUUGGAGCAAUGAUGUGCUUCACUUCUCUCUUGUUUGUUAUGUAGAGUGAUGCCAAAUAACAAUGUUUAAUGGUCGUUUGAAUAAAGAAAGAACAUACUAUAAGGGUUGUUUUGUUAUUGAAACUAUUUGUCAAUUGCAUAUCAAAUUGUCUAGUGUGUUUUAGUAUUUAUUAUAUUUUAAUGGAAAAAAUGUAUGAUUUUUGUCAAUAUAUUUAGGAUUCAGGAUGCUCCAAUAAUUUCCCUUUUUAUUUUUGUUUUUCAUUUUCGUAUUGAUUACUAUUACUUACUGCAAUUAAUAUGUAUGAAUUCCCCU